AUGGCCGACCUCCAUAUGAGAACGCUUGACAAACAACGCUAUCUGCAAAAUCUAGGGUACGAAUACAGAUGCAUAUGGGAAUGCGACUUUGAACGGCAAAGUAAGGUUGAUGAACUACUGAAGUCAUUUUUAAAGACAUUAGACGUUGAAGACCCCUUAGAACCAAGAGACGCUUUCUACGGAGGAAGAACGGAAGCAUUUACUAUGUAUGCAGAAGCUUCAAAAAACAGACAGAUCAAGUACUAUGACGUAACAUCCCUUUAUCCAUACAUCAACAAAGUUGGGAAAGUACCAUUGGGCCACCCUACCAUCAUCACAGAAAACUUUCAAAAUAUAGAGGAAUACGAGGGUUUGAUCAAAUGCAAGAUGAUACCUCCAAGAAACUUAUUCAUACCCGUUCUUCCGUAUCGCUCCAAUGGAAAAUUGCUGUUUCCGUUAUGUCGUACGUGCGCCGAAGAUUCAUCAACAGCAAAGUGUUGUCAUGGUGACCAAAAAAGGGCUAUCACUGGAACAUGGGUCACUGACGAAUUGAAAACUGCCAUCAGAAAAGGAUACAGACUGUUGGAAACGUACGAAGUAUGGCACUUUGAAAGCAUUUCACAAUACGACACUGUUUUGAAAACUGGUGGUGUCUUCACUGAGUACGUAAACACCUUCCUGAAACUCAAACAAGAAGCUAGCGGAUGGCCUAACUGGUGUAAAACUGACCAUGAUAAAGUAAAAUACAUCAAUGACUUUUAUGAUAGAGAGGGCAUACUUCUGGACAGAGAAAAAAUCGAGGAAAAUCCUGGGUUGAGGAGACUGGCCAAGCUCAUGCUUAACAGUUUCUGGGGAAAGUUUGGUCAACGCACAAGCAUGAUACAGUCAUCAUAUAUAUCUGACCAGUGUGAGUACUUUGACAUGAUGUCUAGUGACAGCCAAAUCGUCAAAGAUGUCAACUUUGUAUCGGAUGAGAUGGUGAGGAUGGAUUGGAACUACGACAGUGAUUUUCUGACAGCUUCUGGUCGCACAAAUGUUGUAGUUGCUGCCUACACAACUGCACAGGCAAGACUCAAGCUGUAUAGCUACCUGGAACCCCUGGAUAGAAGUGCACUAUAUUGUGAUACAGAUUCAGUGGUGUUCACGGUGGAGCCAGGGCAAUGGAAGCCUAAUCUUGGAGAUAAUCUUGGUGAUCUAACUGAUGAGGUGGAAGGAACGAGCAUUGUUAACUUUGUCACGGGAGGCCCAAAGAACUAUGCAUAUACACUCUCAAAACCAAAUAAGGAUGGUGAAAUGAGUUGUUGCAAGGUUCGAGGAAUAACUCUUAACUACAAAAACUCUCUAGAAAUAAAUUAUGACACUGUGAAAGACAUGGUUUGUGGCAAGAAGAAAAAGGUUACUGUGUGUGAUGAACUCAAAACUUGUAGAGACAAACAAUCAUGUAACCUCUUGACAACAUUGGAAAAUAAGGAUUAUCAGAUUGUUUUUGACAAGCGUGUCAUGUCCAACAAAUAUGUCACUCUUCCGUAUGGAAUGUGA